AUGCCGAGUUCAGAACCCACCACCUCGCCUCCGAUCCAAGCCCGCGACUUCGCACCCCGUGCCGCACCGCGCACUACCUCUCCCCACGACUCUCCCAUCUCAGCCACAGCCCGCAUCACCACCCAGCCAGACGUCCAAGUAUCCAGUCCACCUCGUCCCACGAGCUCAGAACGCAUCCUCGGACCAACAACCCACUACGCUCCCCAUCCCAACCCCACCCCCGGCUCCGUAGAAUCCGACCAAGUCUUCCUCCGCGGCGGCGAGGUUGCGCGUGCGCACCACUUCCGCACCGUCCCGCCCGCGCGAAGAUCCACUAUCUCGACUACAGCGCUUGCGAUGUUAACAGAAACAGCACCGACGUUGGCAACUGUGCUGCGCUCUGCGCACACCCGCCGCCCACGCUUCGUCCUGACGCCACAGCGCGCCAUCGACGACGAGCGGGAGAACUCGGGUGCGGUGGAGGAGAGGGCAAUGAUGGAAGAGUUGAGGGAGAGGGAGAGGGUGCUGGGUAUCAGGGGCGGGACUGGAGUUGGAGGUGCCGCGGCGGGUGGGCAGGGGGCGAGCGGGGCGGAUGUUGGGGUAAUGGAUGAGACACCGCCAAGGGAGGGGAGGUUUGCGAGGAUCGCUAGAGGAGUUUGA